GGGGGGGGGAAAGAAAAAAAAAUAGAAGAGCGGCAGCCAAUGACGUGGUGGCAAGGACCCGCGCUCCGGGAGCCCGGUCCCGCCCCGCCGGCUUAGACAGACCCAUCCGGGCCCAGCCAUUGGCUGGCGCGAGCUGUCACUCACCCCUGCGGCCAGCGGGCCGGGGCCUCGCGUCCAUUGGUUCCGCCCAGGCGCGAAAUGUAACGCGGGAAAAGCCGGGGCAGGGACCGCGGCGGCAGACUGCGGCUGGGAGUCUUAACUUGGCCUGAGGUUUCCGGAGUCCAGCGCCUGCCCGCCUGCCCGCCCGGUAAACCGGGCAAGCCCGACCCCGCGCCACUUGAACUUCUCCGGUGGCCGCUGCGCAAGGGGUUCCGGGGAACGUCCGCCCGCCCGCCAUGAGCCGGCGGGACUGAGCCGGGCCCUCGGAGCAGGCGCGGGCGAGCGAGGGUCCAGAUCCGGCCUCAGGGAGCUGCAGCCCCCCGGAGCUGCGUGCGGAUCGGGGCCGGGCGAUGCUCCGGGGCGUGGAGGCGCCGAUGGCCGAGCACCCGCCGCCGCCGCCUCCUCCUCCUCCCGUCAUCUUCUGCCACGACUCCCCGAAGCGGGUGCUGGUGUCGGUCAUCAGGACGACCCCCAUCAAGCCCGCGUGCGGAGGCGGAGGAGGAGCAGCGGGGGAGCCGGAGCCGCCGCCGCCGCUCAUCCCCACCAGCCCCGGCUUCAGCGACUUCAUGGUGUAUCCUUGGCGCUGGGGCGAGAAUGCGCACAACGUGACGCUCAGCCCCGGGGCCGCGGGCGGCGCCGCCUCGGCCGCCCUGCCGCCCGCCCUGCCCGCCGCCCUGCCCGCCGCCGAGCACCCGGGACCGCGGGGCCGCGCCGCACCCCCGCCCGCCGCCUCGGGAGGCGAGGACGAGGAGGAGGCGAGCAGCCCGGACAGCGGCCACCUCAAGGAUGGGAUCCGGCGUGGCAGACCCAGAGCAGAUACUGUGCGGGACCUGAUCAGUGAAGGAGAACAUUCGUCCAGCAGAAUACGGUGCAACAUCUGUAACAGGGUGUUUCCACGGGAGAAAUCACUCCAGGCCCACAAAAGGACCCACACAGGUGAGAGGCCCUAUCUGUGUGACUUUCCGGACUGUGGGAAAGCCUUUGUUCAAAGUGGGCAGCUCAAGACACACCAGCGUCUUCACACUGGAGAGAAGCCUUUCGUCUGUUCAGAAAACGGUUGCCUGAGCAGAUUCACCCAUGCAAACCGCCACUGUCCGAAGCACCCAUACGCCAGGCUGAAGCGAGAGGAGCUCACGGACACGCUCAGCAAGCACCAGGCUGUGGACAACAAGGCUGCGGCCGAGUGGCUGGCCAAGUAUUGGGAAAUGAGAGAGCAGCGCACCCCCACCUUGAAAGGCAAGCUGGCUCAGAAGGCUGACCAGGAGCAGCAGGACCCUCUGGAGUAUCUGCAGUCGGACGAGGAGGAUGACGGGAAGAGUGGCGCCCAGCGCCGCCUGCAGGAGCAGCGGGAGCGCCUGCAUGGAGCCCUGGCGCUGAUCGAGCUGGCCAACCUGACUAGGGCGCCGCUCCGACAGUAGCUGGACACUGGCGCUUCCACUAUACGAAAGUACUGCCCAGCGUACUUCAAAAGUAGAUCCUUGGGCAUAAGCUAAGCACCUUAUUUGCUUAUCAUAGGCUGCUAUUCUGUAGAAAUUUAUGAAGAAUGUCAUUGCCCCAGAAUAUGGGGUGAGAGAGAAUUGCACUUUUUUUUAUAUGGAAAUGGAUUUGUUGUAAAGUUUAAAAUAUUUUGUAAAUAUGGACUGCACAGUACAGGGUAGAAACUACAUAUUGUGGGAAGCUAGAUUUUGCAAGUUUAAUGCAUUCAUUGGAAGCAGUUCUCACAGGAAGCACUUUCUGAAUAAGACGUGUGAAAAAAACAGAAUGGUACAAAUAGCCAAAGAAGGUGGAAAUGGGUUAUUUAUAAGAUCAUUUUUAACAAUGUAUAUUAGGAUGUUUAACAAUGAUACUGUAAACACUGAAGCAAGCAAGAAAGUAUGAUAUGUGUGUAAAAUAGGUAUUUUUUUAAAAUUGCAAAAUAGUGUGCCCAAUAAGGCCAGAGAAAUGGGGACCUGG